AUAUAUACAGCCACAAUGGCCCGCUACAUCAUUCCGUCUCCAGACAAGACAACUGUACACACCGCAGUCAUCAUGCAGGCCGUGAUCCUGGUACUUCUGCUCGUGACAGGUUCCCUGGUGCACAGCGCUCCACUGGAAGAACAGGAGGACGUCCUUCUACCCCAGCCAAGAAUCACCUGUGAUCUCCUCAGCAUAGAGAUCGGAGGCUUCGCUUUCAACAACUCCCUGUGUGCAGCUCACUGUCUCGUCAAGGGUUACAAAGGGGGCAGCUGCAAAGAUGGCGUCUGCGUAUGCCGGAAAUGAGCUUGAGCCAACACCCUGCAGUAGCAAGAGUAAAUCAGCAGAUAUCGACAGGUCCAUCUACAGAGCCUAAGGCGCUCCAUUCAGCACAUUUAUGGAAAAUAUCACAAGAAAUGUGACGUAACGGAUAAACUUAGUGUCAUUAAAAAGUAGAAUAUCUUUCUAAGUUUCUGAACACAUAUAAAACAAACAUGUAAAUGGGUCUUGUAUUGUACCGAUAUUAUAUCUGUAAGUAAACAUUAAGCUUCUAACAGCUUUCUAGCCUAAUCACCAUGAGAACCCUGACAAAAUAAAAUAUUCAUCAUUCAAAGUGUC